AUGUCGCCCUUUUUCAUCGAAAAAGCGGUUGCAUCACUUUCAAAAAAUGUGACAGAGAUCAAACGCAUGAGGUCUGGCGACUUACUGCUCAAAUGUGUAUCCGAAAGGGAUAGCAAAACAAUUCUGAACGCGACAGAGAUGAUGGGGCACAAGAUCUCAGCGUCUCUACAUAAGACCCUGAAUACAUGCCGAGGCGUCAUUUCCCUGUCUGAACUCAUCGAUGUGCCAGCUGAAGAUAUUCUGGUGAACUUGAAAGACCAACAAGUUAUAGACGUCCGCAAGAUAAAAAUCAGACGAAACAACGAAUAUAUCACCACUAGGAACGUUAUACUUACGUUUGACACACCGGUGCUACCGGAGAAGCUUAAGGUGGGGUACCUAACAACCGACGUUAGGCCUUACAUACCCAACCCUCUUCGUUGCUUUAAGUGCAACCGCUUUGGACACGCUGCAGGUGCAUGUACAGGUCGCCCCUGUUGCGCACGUUGUGGGCAGGAGGGACACGAAACCAAGGAAUGUGAUCGUGCUGAACAUUGUGUCAAUUGUUCUGAAAACCACCCCUCUUAUUCUCGGUCUUGUCCAAAAUGGAAAGCCGAAAAAGAGGUUCUACAUCUUAAAGUGACACUUAAUAUAAGUUACAUUGAGGCAAGAAAAAGGGUGUCACCAUUUUUGUUCGGAAACAAAUCUUAUGCAGACAAGGCUAAGGAGAAACCAAGAAUGAUAACACGCGCAACACAAACACAGGUACAAUCCACCAAAACGCAAACUGACAUCACACCCACUGUCUUACCAACUACAUCCAUGACGCCACCUGAAGCUGUGGUGUCACAACUGUCAUCGUCCUCCGUGGAGAAAAUCUCUAUGGAUUGUGACGAUGACUCGAGCUCGGAACGCUCAUUCGUGAGCACGAGCUCACAAUCACAGAAAAAGACUGUCAAGGGUUUGUCUGUGAGUGGUUCGCUCCCAGACAUCUCUGACAAGGAACUGGCAGAGGCCAGGAAGAAAACCCCUCGACAGAAAAUAACUGCUCCAAAAAAGUAG